CUCUUUUUUCUCCUUCUACCACUCCCUUCCCCCUUUACUCUUUCAUACUCACUUGAAGUUAGUAAAUAUGGCUGAGCACUUGGAUGAUCCUCAGGCGCAUCAGAUAUACUUGAAUGGAGAUCAGAUUUACACUUGCGCCAGCUGUCAUACCCACCUUGCUAGAAAUGAAGAUGUCGUCUCCAAGGGAUUUCAAGGACGACAUGGUCGUGCUUACUUGUUCAAGAAUGUUCACAACAUCACGCUCGGGCCUAAAGAGGACAGAAUCUUGAUGACGGGUCUACAUUCCGUAGCUGAUAUUGGGUGUUCUAUUUGUCAGAGUGUGGUUGGAUGGAUCUAUAUAUACGCCUUUGAAGAAUCGCAAAAGUACAAAGAAGGGAAAUAUAUUGUUGAAAAGGCAAAAAUAUCCAAGGAGAAUUUCUGGAUACAGAAGGAGUAGAAGCUUGAUCAUAAGAAACAUAGACGGGUGUCAAACAAGCUAGCUUUUGUAGACCGGGUUUAAGACGUCUUAUGUUAACAGAAUUAUCAUCAGAGAAUAUCGGCGCACCUUCUUUUAUCGUUCGUUCUGUACAAAGAACGAAAUGUUACAAUAAAUAUUUUUAUGUUUU